CCAAAAACGUCAAACGCAAUUGAUUUAUUUUUGUGAAACAAAAAUUUUCAUUUCUUCUACACAAAAAAAAAGAACGAAAAAAAAAGCAUUUAAUUUAUUGUUAUAAAUUCCAAUUUGUGUCUAAAUUUAAAAAAUGUCUGAUAAAGCACCACCACCAACAACUUCCUCAGCAGGUACACAUACCCCAGGUUGGAAUGAUCCACCAAAUCUCCAAUACAAUCCGCUCAGUAAUGCUCCUGGCAAAACCAAGUUAAAUCUAAACAAACGAAUUGCAUUUCCAUUGCAAGGUGGUCCAACAACUUCCAAACCGACGGCAAUAGUUCAGCCAAAUCAGGCAAAUGCACCGCCACUGUUGCCCAUGACAAUGCCACCAUUGGGAGUGACUCCGAAUCAACAUCCAGUUGCUGUUGUUCAUCCAAUGCCAAAUAUAAAUGCUCCACCAUUAUCACAACCUCCAACGGCGGCUCAAACAUCAGCUCAAACGUCCCCUUUACAACCGCCAACGCAGCAGCAAACUUUUGUCGAACCGCUGCCUGACGAUGCCCAACAAUUUGCUUUGGGGAUACUUCGUUUGCAGUUGAUUAAAGUUCAGGAAACACCAAAUGUGCGUUUGGAUGAAAUCCAAAGGCGUAUUGGGGUAAUGGAAGAAUUAUGGCAAUCGGGCAAUUUGUCGCAGCCAAUUCAGGCGAAAAUUUAUAAAAUUGCUAAAGCUGUGGAAACUAAUAGCUUAGCGGAAGCAAUGGAGACUUACACAUCGCUGGUCUUAAGUCAUUCCAAUGAAUGUUCUACCUGGGCGGUAGCUUUACGACACAUAAUCUUGACUCUUCAACCGAAUAACGCACGCCCUCUACCGUCGUCGGUUGAUGAACACCAACAUAACCAAACAACCACCACCUCGUCGGCCAGCAACAGCAGUAGUCCCCAACAACAACAACAAACAGCGACGAACUGUGUCCUUGUGCCCGCAAUGCCACGCAUCACAAACCAACCCAACGACAGAGUAAAUCCCGUACAACAUAUUUGAUUGUCUUCUUCUCAACGACAACAACAUCAUCAACAGCUGGACGAAUCUUGAGUUCUCUUGUGUAAUUUUUUUGUGGAAAGACCAAUUUGAUGUUUCGUCGUCUUCUCAUAAAAUCUCUUCAUCUCUCAGGGCUGGAGAUUUUCUUUGGAUGAUCUCUCGACUCUGUUUUUUUUUUUUUUUUAUUUAAAACAAAAACAAAAAAAAAUUGUGAAAAAGGAAAUGCAUGCAUUCAACUACUGUUAUAUUUAUUUUAAAUAAAAAAACAAAUUAAUUAUA